AAGAGCUCACAAUCAAGUCGGUGGUGUGUGUGUUCACUUCCACAGAUUGUGCCUUGGAGACGAAUAAAAAAGGAAUUUACCUGACUGGUGGGUUUUUCAACGUGGAUAUGGAUGUUCCGGAUCCCUCGCAUGGGAAUAUGGGGCUGUUAAGGACCUUUGAUUCCUCUGAGUUUGGCAGCUGGGAGAAAAUAGGCUCAGGUGGAUUUGGACAAGUAUACAAAGUCCGGCACGUACAGUGGAAAACAUGGCUGGCUAUCAAGUGCCCUCCCUGCCUUCAUGUGGAUGACAAGGAGCGUUUGGAGCUGCUCGAGGAGGCUAAGAAGAUGGAGGCAGCAAAGUUCCGAUACAUCCUGCCUGUGUACGGGAUUUGUGAGGACCCCCAGGGCCUGGUCAUGGAGUACAUGGAGACCGGUUCCUUGGAGACCCUGCUGGCCACCGAGCCGCUGCCCUGGGAGCUCCGCUUCCGCAUCAUCCAUGAGACGGCAGUGGGAAUGAACUUCUUGCACUGCAUGAACCCGCCGCUGCUCCACCUGGACCUGAAACCAGCCAACAUCCUGCUGGAUGCUCACUAUCAUGUCAAGAUUUCUGAUUUUGGUCUGGCCCGGUGGAAUGGUCUGUCACGGGCGGAUGACAUCAGCAGAGAUGGAUUCUGCGGCACGAUUGCCUACCUGCCCCCUGAGAGCAUCAUAGAGAAGGACAGAGUGUCGGACACCAAGCAUGACGUAUACAGUUUCUCCAUCGUGAUCUGGGGGAUUCUCACACAGAAGAAACCCUACCAAGGAGAGAACAAUAUCCUGCAGAUCAUGGUGAAGGUGGUGAAAGGGGUGCGUCCAGACCUGGGAGCAGUGCCACGAUGUCGACCUUCAGCCUGCACAGGUUUCCUGAGCCUCAUGCACCGCUGCUGGGCCACAAACCCUGAAGCCAGACCCAGCUUCCAGGAAAUCACAUCUGAAGCUGAGGAGCUGUGCUCUAAACCUCAGGAGGAGCCCAAGACACCAACCUUAUCAACAUCAGAACCAGAGCCCACAUCCCCCAAAGCACUCAGUAGUAGCCAGGUUAAUGACAACAAGCCGGUGCGUCCAAAAUCGGCCAUGUUGCCUGAGAAAGACUACAGUCUGUCAGAGCUGCUGAGUCAAGUGGAUUCAGGGAUCUCUAGGAGUUUUGACCGAGUGAAGGAGGAUAGCUGCCACAGCAAAGAGAGCACAUGCAAGAGAUUGUCUGGCAUUUCCUCUGCAGAUUCUGCUUUCUCCUCUCAAGACUCCAUCACACUGUCUUUUGAGAAAGAAAACACAUAUGAUUCUGCUGAGGUCCAGAAGCGAAAGCUGUGUGAGGCCAUCAGGACCAAAGAUACUGCCAAGCUGAUGAAGAUCCUCCAGCCUCAGGAUGUUGACCUUCUCCUGGAUGGAGGAGGCAGCCUGUUGCACCACGCCAUCACUUUGGCUAAUGAGGAGGCCGUCAAGUUCCUCCUCCUGAACAAUGCCAAUCCCAACCUUGCAAACGCCCGAGGCUCCACCCCCCUCCACCUAGCCACAGAGAAGCACCUGAAGCCACUGGCAGAGCUUCUGCUUGGUAGGCGCAGCACCAAUGUGAAUGCCAAAGAUGAGGACCAGUACACAGCUUUGCACUGGGCAGCUCAGAAUGGGGACGAGGCCAUCACACGCCUGCUGCUGGACCGAGGGGCUGCCAUCAAUGAGACCGAUGGUCAGGGACGCACACCAGCUCAUGUGGCCUGCCAGCACGGCCAGGAGAAUGUAAUCAGGGUGCUGCUGAGCCGUGGUGCCGAUGUUCAAAUCAAGGGCAAAGACAACUGGACAGCGCUUCACUUUGCUGCCUGGCAAGGGCAUCUGGGCAUCGUCAAGCUGCUGAUCAAGCAGGCUGGUGCUGAUGUUGAUGGCCAAACCACAGAUGGUCGCACACCGCUGCAUCUGGCAUCCCAGAGGGGGCAGUAUCGAGUGGCACGGAUCCUGAUUGAGCUCGGAGCGGAUGUCCACAUGACGUCCGCUGGGUUAAACACACCACUACACGUGGCGGCACAAACGGGUCACACCAGCACCUCUCGCCUUUUGAUCAAACACCAGGCAGACAUCCAUGCCCGGAACACCCAAGGACUCACUCCUCUGCACCUUGCCUCCCAGCGGGGCCAUCUGGCCACAGUGAAGAUGUUGAUAGAGGAGGGGGCAGAUCCCUACAGAUCCACCCACGCCCUACGUACCCCCUGCCACCUGGCAGCAGAGAGCGGACACUGUGAAGUCCUGAAAGAGCUGCUCCUUCACUGUCCAGAUGGUGGCACCUUGUCAGACGAGCAGGGCCUCAGUCCAUUACACCUGGCAGUGCAGGGCGGCUACUCAAACGUCAUUACUAUGCUGCUGCCACAGGACUGUCAGGACUCUGUUGUAGAGAGCUCAGUACAACCAGCAGCGGAAGAGCCUGCACCGGUGGAGACUCAGCAGCUCCAGAGGAAGGUUGUAAUUCUCAAACUGACAGAGCACAACAACAAAGACUGUCCACAAUCUAUCAGCUCACGGUGCACCUCAGCACCCUGCUAACAAGAGCAAAGACGUUAACAAAACUGUGCACAACUAUCUUCUGUGGAGUUUCUUCCCACUCCUCUGCUGCCUCAGAGUUGGUUAGGGGUUGGUUACUCCACUCUUCUCGUCUUUGGGAUGCCAAAGACCUUUGAGUGCUGUAGGUUCUUCCUAAUGGUUGGGAAAGCUUUGAUGUAAAUAUGUACACUGUAAAUAGAAAGUAUAAAUACUGUAUUGUCUCUGAAUUUAGACUUUUGUUUACUUUUUUACUUAACAACCAAUGUUUUUUUUAGGAAGAUCAUGUCCGUUGGGGACCUUUAACUGCAUCAUCCUGCAGCUGGUAUGCCUGUAAGUUAUAUUUAAUAGAUCACAAACUUUAAUCAUAUACUGUAUGAGAUGAAUGCUGUAGUUCAUCAGAGUCAUUGUAUUUACAGAAAACUUUCAGUGUUCUGUACCUGUUACAUAUCAGUGCUAUAUCAUCCAUUAAAACAUUUUAAACUGUU